AAUAAUGAAAUUAGUUUAAGAGAAGUGCUCGCAUGAGAAGCACUUGGAGCGGGUUUUGUGUUUCCCCCUUUUCCAAAAGGCCGUUUCGAAUUGCAAUUUUUCUGCGCAAAGUUGGGAGUUUGAGUCCAAGUUUAAAGUUUAUUCGAAUCUGUCGACCACGAUCCCAGCGGCUGAGUGUUCCGUUGAAAUUUCGUCUAAAGUUCUGAAAAAUUUCGUUCUUGAAAAAUAAAUAAGUAAAAGUUUAGUCUGUCGGCUAUUUCCACAAAUUUGAAAGGAAAGGGAAAAUUUUCGAAAUCCGCGUCGAGUCCCGAAUUGAGAAUUCAAGUGAUGUGACAAGUUCCUGUGAGUUCAAAACGAGGAUAUUUCACCAUACAGUAGAUCCUGCUAAGCCAGACCCUUCAACUAUGCUGCGCUGAGUGUGGAAAACACGAUAGUUUGGGAAAGUUUGCCAAGUGCACCAUUAGAGCGCGAGAGAAAAUCGUCGAAAAAUACUUCCCUCCGGUCCAGUGGAGUUGGGAUUUGCGCCAAGAAAAUCCGAGCAGCAGGAAGUUUUUCCUCCGGCAAAUUGGCAAGCGAAGCGCGUCGAAAAAUUUGAAUAAUCUGGAUCAAAGCCCCCGUUCAAAGCAAACAGCGAGUGAAUUGUGGGUGGUGGGUGCGUGCCAGAAGUGCGCCUCGGAGAGUGUGAUAUAUAUCGAAUCGAAAAUAUUGAUGGCUCGAGUGUGAUGGCGGCAGGUGAAGAAGUGUUGUGAGGAAGAGCCCAAUUAAACCGAGCAAAAGGAAAAGAAAUUGUUGCACGCAGUGAUUUUCUGGUUAACCCCGUCACAACAGUUGGCCCACGCCAUUCGUCGAAUAGUAGUAGGAAGUUUUCGUUGCAUCCGACCGUGAUAAGAUUGAUUAGUGCGUAGAGUUAAAGUACGUACACACAUACACACAUACACACACAUAGAGUGCGGAUCGGAAGAAAGUGGAACACACAGUGCGUGCAGCGGUGUGAUUUGCAGUUGGCGUGUUGGGGAGAGUGACUGUCCACGGUGUACCCCCAGACAGAGCAGUCACAGGACAUCCGGCCCUCCUCUCCAUUUCCUGCCCAGAUGUUGAAGAUGGAGUCCAGAGUUGGAGUAUUUUGGCUUUCGUGCCUGAUCCUGCUGUUUAAUCAAGAAAAUGUACUUGCACAAACAAGACGCAGCUUCCGCACGGGAGCCGCUCAGCCACGUGCCCUGGGAUCUAAUCCCAGGUCCAGUCACUCGUCAUCCGUAAACUUCAACUGCCCGGAAGAGUUCGGCUACUAUCCACAUCCCACAGAUUGCUCGCAGUACUAUGUAUGCGUGUUUGGUGGGGCUCUCCAGGAAAGUUGUACCGGUGGGCUGAUGUACAGCCACGAGUUGCAAACUUGCGACUGGCCACGAAAUGUAGGCUGUGACACUCCGGCGCUAAGCGCUCCUUCCGCACCGGCACGAUCUGCCGUGACUCCACGUGUACCACAAGUCCUUUCUCGGAUUCGAUUCUCGAGUGCUCCUUCGGCACCUUCAGCACCAUCGGCACCUUCCGGGCCAUCCGGACCCAGCGGACCUUCCGGUCCAACCGGUCCCGAGCCAUCAGCUCCAGCACGAAUUCAACAGGUCCAUUCACUUCCACCACCGCCACCACCAGCGAAUAUUAACCCUGUGAUCACCACUCGUGGACAGCCCAAGAACUCGCCACAGGAAGAUAUUGCCAAGCUCUACGAGGAAGCUCACGAUACACUCCCACCGGUUGAAGAGGAAGAGUAUAGCCGUCCACAGCGUAUCUACCGUGGUCAGCCCAGCACCGUCACCCAGGUUCAGCGGGAUCGGGACGGAAUCCUGCAGCAGCCCAGUGUCAACGCCAUUCCAACCCAGGCUAAAGUAGGUUCCUUUGCGUACAGUGCCCAGCCGCAACCAUUCAGUGACGAAGACAAACUGCAAGACCUAGACCACGAUGCGAACGCAACGGACAGCCAAGCACACGAUCGUAGGAAACGUGACGUUGCCUCAGACGAACCGGCCAACAACAAUCAGGCCAGAACAAUCAAUCCGGUCGAGACCAAAGAAAGCACAAACGAAAACCGACAAGUCAAACGUUCCAAUUCGGAAGAAUCCUCCGUCCCCGGAGAGCUUUCGGAUCUAGCUGACCUGGAGGAAGCAGCUGACGGUGCAGAGAGCGCACGCAGUGCUCGACAGCUAAGGCCAUUGGGAAACUGGCAGUACAGAUCGUUGGACACUGCCCUCUCCCGUCAGAAUGCCUACCCCCAGAGUAGCUACGAUCCAUUCUCCUACACUGUUGGACCAACUCCAGCGGCCAUCCACAUCAAAUCCGGAGCGCGCUACUACCAACCGCAACAGUACAGCAAGAAAGAAAUAACCAACAACUACAACGACUACCUCGAAGCAUACGUUAAAGCCAAACAAGGAUCGCAAUACCUUCGCCCAGUAGAAGUCAACCGCCAUAAGACCGCCGGUCUGCAAAGUUACAAAACACUUACCAAAAUAACCCCUCAGGACAGUUUGAUUCCACUACUGAUCUCCAACCAAUCUCCAAGACCACAACAGUAUCAAACCGCAUUUACAGCUGCCGCUUUCGUGAACAACCACGGCGGUAGUAGCAAGAAAUACACCACUCCAAUCCCAGAUAUUGACGACGAAACCAUCCCAGACAACUUUGCGUUCUUCCACUUUGGCAACACCUACUCGUCUACACCCAUCUCGGUCAACAACCAUGCUAAGCAAAUAGCAUCCCAGAACAAUGCACCUCCACCACCACCACCGCAGCAGACAUCCCCACAAUCCUCCCAACCUCAGAAGAUCUCUCAAUCCACUCACCGAAGCCCCUACAUCGCCUUCAGCUCCGUCGGAGGAUUCUUCAACAACCAACCUACUUCCAGUCCCAUCAAGGAAACCUUUAUCGGUAUACCGAAACAAUCCAGCAUCUCCCAAUCUCUGAUCCCUCAGAUCAAGCAAAAGAUCCUCGCUGGCCCGAGCACCCCAGCUCCGGUAUACGAAAGCAUUGGCAACUCGAUUACUCCAAGCAAAGUCCGGUACACGGCCACUACCCCGAAAUCUGCCAUCUCCCCCCUCGAAUACUACCCCCAAAACAUCUACCUCAGCAAAGAUAAGGCUCCGCCGAAGAACUCUCCCACCUUGGUCACGUUCGCCAGCUUCAACGACAAACCAUUUUCGAUCUAUGAAUCGUCUACGUCGAAACCAUCGGGGUACUUUUCCACCAAAUCGACCAAUGGAUUCCAACCGAUCAUCAUAGCGACCACUCCUCGCUACUACCAGCAACAAUCUGUCAGCCCGCCCAAAACGGAGUACAAUCGGUUCUUCGAGAGCAUCAAGAACACGCACAUGCAGCACGUCGGCGGCAGUGGUAAGUUUACUGAUGGUUUGCAGGAAAUUGGUGUGCACUAUGUGAAGAAUGGAACGACGAAUUUGAGACCGGUUCCACCGGUGCAGCAGUACCAGAAGCCAUACUAUGGAUCGUCAACGGCGAGACCGGUUAAGGACGAGACGGAGUAUUAUUAUGAAGACGAAGAGAUUGUGGACGAUCGAGGACAUAAGUAUGUGAAGAAUACGUUGAGUGGCAGUAAGAGGCCGAGUUAUCCCAGUAGACGUCCAGCCGAGGAUGAUGAGGAUGAGUACUAUGACGACGAGGAUGACGAUGACUACGAAUAUCGGUAUCCAGUGAACAAGUCCAAGUAUACUCCGAUGACGGAGACUAUGGCUCCAAGGCCGUUGGGAAAUUUGACUACUCCCAGACCUGCCGGUGGUGUGUCCGGACAUGUUAUGUACAGCAAUCAUAGAUACGAGACAACGACGUGGAAGCCGAGUACGGUGACUACGCAUACGCCGACGACGAGUGACAUUCCUUCAAUCAUCAAGUUCCCGGAAGAUGUUUUCCAGGGAAUUAAGCCGUUCAGUGAUAUUCCACGGUAUUUCAACAAAUCUAGCUCGAGACCGUACGCAGUACGAACGCGCGUCCGGCCAACCGCCAUUCCCAAUGCAAACCUCAUUGACGAGACUACAUCCAAGGAACUGCUUCGAACGACUGCCAAAUCACUCAGCUCAAAGAGCAGUCUGUUCAAGACAACCACUACAGCGACUCCUAGAACAACGACGUCGACCUCCACGACAACGACAACGACGACGACAACGACGACAACGCCGGCUCCUCCGGUGACCCGAUUGCGAACCACCACUUCACCGACUGUCACUUCGACCAGUGAUACGACUUCGCGCAAACGGUACACCGUCCGACCGAACCGCGGCCAGCAACGCUGGCGCACUACCGAGACUCCCGAACAGCAACAAGAACCUCUUCCUACGAUUAGCACCCGACCGAACAAGAACCAGAACCGUAACAAUCGAUUGGAACUCGAUGAACGGCUACCGAACAGAGUUGAAACGUCCUCGCCGGCCCCGAGCAGAUACGUACCCGAGCAACCGCAGAAGAGCGUAUUGUCUCAGAGCAACAAGAACUACUACAACACCAGCAACUACGAUCCAUCCGGCUACGAUUCCUACUACGCUGUCUACGACGAUGAUGUAGAGCUGUACCGGGAUGUUGAAUAUCAACCACAAUAUAACCAGAACAAUCAGCAGUCGUCUCAGCAGCCACAGAGGCCAGUCGUAUCGUCCACCUACCGGCCAACCGUGGUCACAACCGUCGCUCCAACUUCUCAGCGAGAACAGUCUUCGUACGUCACUUCUCCAAGAACUACCUACCAACAGCGUCCAACCUAUCAGGAUUAUGAUGAUGCCCUUGUUUCACAGCUCGAAGAUGAUCGUUAUAAUCAGAAGCAAACACACACGCAACUCAGAUCAUCACAAUUGGAUGAAAAAAGCCAUAAAUCAACCCCAAAAUCAAUUAUAUUAACACUCGCAGCACGCGUGGGUCCCUCUACCACCACGGAAAGUCCCAUCCUAGUGUCCUUCUCCCCAUUUUCCUACACAUCGGCCCGAUCGGCCAGUACAGCCAAAUCAAACAUUUACAGACCUACCAAGAGCACAACCACCACCACCGCCAAGACCACCACAACCGAACCCACUCCCAAUCCCUCCGACAGUGACGCCAGCGAUAGCCAAUCCCUCCGAAUCCCUCCCGAGAUCAAAUUCCAUCCCAUUCCCGAAGACAGCUACUACGACGACGAAGAGUAUCCACUCAGUAAGACAAGGUACGAAUACGGCGACGGCCAAGAAGACGAUAGCAGCAAUGAUCCGUCAGACAAAAAGUACAUCACUCAAAAAUUGCUCCCCGUCAAUCCGCCAUCCUCUAGCUUCAGUUCGUCCGAUAUUCGCGGAGAUUCCCCCUUCUCGUACGAUCAGCCUCGAAACUACUUCUCCUAUACCUUCAACAAACCCCCAGCUACAACUUCCACAACCACAACCUCGACAACCACACCAAAACCGACCACAACAACCACAACUACCACUACAACCACCACAACCACUCCGAGCCCGGUAACACAGCGUCAACGAAUCCAAAGCUACGUGUACUCCGAUAUACAACCGGAAAGUUUCAAACCCCAUCGAAUCACCCCCACGUCUAAAGCUCCGGCCAUUCCGGACUACGACAGUUAUCUAAGUCCCGUCGCCGGUCGAACUCGUGGUCAAAACACAUUCCUCAAAGCUCUCGGCACAACGCUUUCUGCUACACAACAAUCCACUAUCGCCACGUCCUCUACUUCUGCACCUGCUUAUGCUUAUUCCUCAACAGCACCCGUUCAAGUCAGACCAUCCUCACAUCCAGACCAGGACAAACCGAUUCACUUCACGCUGAGCUCCGGUCUUGGUAGCUAUUCAAGCUCCACCCAAUCGCCACGGUACGUCGUCAAACCCGAGCAGUUCGAAUCGAACAAUACGGUUCGCUUGACGCUAAGCACCUCAUUGGGUCACAGUUCAACCACGUCUCGCCUUCCAUUCUCACCGUCUUCUCCACGCUACGAAACGCGACCGGAGCAAAUUCGCUACUCCACUGGAAGCACAAGGCCUGAAGAACUUGUCAUGACCACUCAAUCCCCACGGUACGAAAUUCGACCCGAGCAGUUCGACAGCAACAAGUCCAUCAGAUUGACGCUUAGCGCAGGAAUCGGUGGUCGUCCAGCGGUAUCGAAAGGAACCGUCGAGAUGGUAGAAACCUCCUCUGUGAAACCCAAGUAUUCACAGUUUACCAUUUCCGAUGCGGUUACAACGACCACUCCUGAACCUACGACUUCUUCCACCAGCAAGGUUCUACGGCUAUCUCCAAGCUCUACCCUAUCUCCAACACGCACUCGGUUCUAUCAAAACCCUUCUUUGAAACCCAGCUCUCGACCAACCAAAGACAGCUUCCAAGACACGGAUCCAACCUCCUCCAGCGAAUGGGUUCCCACUUAUCCGGAAAGCGUCUAUUCAAGCCCUCAAACGAACACCCUUCAAGAGCUCGAUGCACAGGAACCAGUCGAUUCAUUGGUUUCAUCCAAAUCAGAGUUGACCUAUCUGGACCAAUUUAAGCCCAAGACACUACCCCCAACGCGAUUCCCACCACGAACCACACCCCCUCCAAAUGCAGCCAACGACAGUAAACAACUCGCUGCAGUAGUGCAAAGUUCCACCGCCCGGAGUCUCUUAUUCAGGGAAUCACUGAACAAAACCCUCGAGCCUACCACAUCCUCCCGCCCGGUAGUGUCCCCAUUCAGAAGUCUCGAAGUGCAACGGCAAACCCCUUCGUCCGAUAAAGCAUUCGCUUAUUCCACCUCAAGGGUUAUCGCUAACAUCUACCGAACCACUACAGAAACUCCACGGGAAUCUCCUCUGAGAAGUUACUUCCUGAUUACUAGUCCUCCCAAACUGUACACUACCGGAAGGACGUUCACUAGUACUACACCCAAAGGCACGACCUCUACCACAACUACUGAACCACCUACGACUACUACCAGCACAACUCCGUAUACUACAACUACUACCACUGAGCCCACCACCACUAGUACAACUCCACUAACAACCACUACUACACCGGUCUAUACUACCUAUUCUACCUACAGCACCGAGGACAGUACCUCGACUUCGGUACCUAGAACCACCGAAGUCUACCGCGGACGAUACCGGCCGGUCUUCAACCUGGCUCGAUCGUCCGAAACUUCCGAGGAAGUAACCACUCCUCGAUAUCGUCUUCGUAAUCGUGGCCCCUCGAGACGUACGUACACCCGGCUACGGCCUACCUCCCUGAAUGCCACCUAUCGUAGUAAUAAUACUCACGUACCUUUUACUAACACCGAAAGCACCGUGCUUUCGAUAUCCACCGAAUACUCUGAUCGACGGUUAACUCCGACCGCGUUGCCUUCGAUCGCUUCUUCGACUAGUUCAUAUUUGAACCAAAUUCGUACCACCGAUCGGUCCGGCCACAAUAGUGUUGACACACCGGUCAAAUCGUCCCAUUAUAAGUCGCGUUUUAGUGACGAUAGCGUCGAAGUGUUAAAAAAGACUACAGUCCCUUCGGAGAACAUAACCCUUACGGCGGACUCCGAACCCGUCAAAGUGGUUGAAAUUACCGACAAACCCGUGUACUAUACUAGCUACCAUAUGACCUCGACUGAACUGAACUCUUUUGGACCUUCCAGCAAGACUGAGUCUACGACGAAGAAAUUCCGUGCGACAGUAGAGAUGCCCGAAAUGAACAUUCCCACCGAAAAGGAACUGUUGUCCUACCAACAGGAUGACAGUGCCAGUCGCGAAGAAGAAGACGAAGAGGACGAAGAAGAAGAGGAUGGGGAAACUCCCGAGGAGGAGUUGACAGACUAUCAUGAGACAACCAGCGCUGCUACGACCACGACAACCUCCUCGACCACGGUUCGGACUGUCAACCCCUACAAACCACUGUAUCGGUCAACUAAACGAUACACCACGACCACUACUACCAGCACAGAACCAUCUACUGCACGAUAUACUCCCAGCACCGUAACGACGCAAAGACUCAAUCUGACCACCUCGACGGUGGCGGAUAUACCGAGUACCUCACAGGCAACCACCACUACCGAAGACCUACCCUCGACGACCACCGAAGACUUCGAACCUCGGACAAGCUCUACCUCCAGUUCCACCAGCUCCAGCACGACCAUCACGUCCACCACCUCCACUACCACCACAACUACCACCCCUCGCUUACCCACAACACACUCCAUAAACAAGCUCCCACCGCGCGCAUCCAGGGUCAAUAAUGCCAUAAAGACCACGAUUGCGGCCGCACAGCUGCCACGCCGAUAUAGCAAACCGUCGUCAGCCGGGAAAAGCAUACAAUGUACAGAAAACUCGCUUUCCGCCAAGUGCAACGAAAUCCCGUCGAGAGGAAGCAGUAACAGCAACAGCAACAGCAAUAGUAACAGCAACCGUAAUCGCGGUAACCAGCAGUACAUCACCGAUACGCAGUCGACUGUAUCCGCCAACCGAGGAACCCAUCCACCACGUGCUCGCCCGACGCUGAAGCCCGCACAGAACAUUGUUUCGAAGGCGCAGGAGUUCGUCGACAUCUACCGCUAUCCACCGAGCCGUCCGGAACCUCUGUACCCACAGCCGACCCCGGAUAAGACUGCUGCCAAGUGCCGCAAGGACGUUUGCCUGCUGCCUGAUUGCUAUUGCGGUGCAAAGGACAUUCCCGGAGAACUGCCCGUUGAGCAGGUACCUCAGAUUGUGCUACUGACCUUCGACGAUUCCGUCAACGAUCUGAACAAGCAGCUGUACCAGGAUCUGUUCGAACGUGGACGUAUCAAUCCCAAUGGUUGCCCGAUCUCCGCUACUUUCUACGUGUCGCACGAGUGGACCGAUUACAGCCAGGUCCAGAACCUGUACGCUGACGGACACGAGAUGGCAUCCCACACGGUUUCUCACAGCUUCGGUGAAGCAUUCUCGCCGAAGAAGUGGGCCCGUGAAAUCGCUGGCCAACGAGAGAUUCUGUCCGCGUACGGUGGUGUCAAGCUGGAGGAUGUCCGUGGAAUGCGUGCUCCGUUCUUGUCUAUUGGUGGUAACAAGAUGUUCAAGAUGCUGCACGACUUCAACUUCACGUACGACUCUUCGAUGCCGGUCUACGAAAAUCGUCCACCGAGCUGGCCGUACACGCUGGAUUACAAGAUCUUCCAUGACUGUAUGAUUCCGCCCUGCCCUACCAAGAGCUAUCCAGGUGUUUGGGAAGUUCCUAUGGUGAUGUGGCAGGACCUGAACGGCGGCCGCUGCUCGAUGGGUGACGCGUGCUCCAACCCAGGAGAUGCCGAAAACGUGAACAAGAUGAUCAUGAAGAACUUCGAACGGCACUACACUACCAAUCGGGCACCAUUCGGACUGUACUAUCACGCAGCCUGGUUCACGCAGCCGCACCAUAAGGAAGGCUUCAUACAGUUCCUGGACACGAUCAACGCGAUGAAGGACGUGUGGAUCAUCACCAACUGGCAGGCCCUGCAGUGGGUACGCGACCCUACGCCCCUGUCCCGCGUCAACUCGUUCCAACCAUUCCAGUGUAACUAUUCGGACCGCCCAAAACGGUGCAACAACCCGAAGGUAUGCAACCUGUGGCACAAAUCUGGCGUCCGCUACAUGCGCACGUGUCAACCCUGCCCCGAAAUCUACCCGUGGACCGGUAAGACCGGUAUCCGCUCGUCGCGGAUCGACAACGACAUCGAGGUGGCCGACACGAACUAAGUCAAGCUGAUGGCAGUGCACUGAAACAGAUGAAACUUUAUUUUGUUUGUGUAUAAGAGAAACUUUAUAUGGAUUUGUUAGCGAGAAGAAGAAAAUGAGUCAAGAAAAUCGGUCAUCCGGGAGAUUCCUGGAAAGACAGCCAGGGGGACCACCGACGAACGGCAGGAUAUUAGGGGAUAUCGAACGUCUAGCUGGUUCUUUCCUUUUCUCCGGUUGUAGGUCAAAAGAAAAGCAAUCCAACUAUGAUCUUUUCGUUUGAAUUUAUUUACCUGCAAACUAGGCGGUGCAAUUUCCCGACUGCUCAUUUCGAGUGAUGACGAUGAAAAAACUGUUCACGAAAAAAUUAGAAUUAGUACCUAGCCGUAAGUAACGAGUAAAAACAAUGCUUCGCACUCACUUUUUCACCUCUACAAGAUUGGUAAUUUAUUGAGUAAAAAAGUACCAUCUUCAUUCUUGGUCACCCGCGAUCUGAAUGAAGUUCUUCUGAUAUUAUAAUUUGUAAGAUUUGAUUUAUAAUUUUUUUUUACUCUAGCGUUGUUUUCCUGUAAAUACGUUUUCUACUGAAAAAGAUUUAUCGCAAUCCAGAGGAGAGUUCCGUGAAACGAAAACAUGACAAAUACUCACUCAAUAGCAUAUAAAAGAAAUCUUCAUCGAAAGAGAAAAAAAUACGAUGUACCCUAUAAGACUAUAUUCGACAAACAAAUCAGACCCAGAACGAGAAGCAAACAAACAAAAAUGGUGAAAUGUAGCGCAUUGCCAUAAACAAGUCAAAGGGUUUGCCCUCCCAAGAACCCAAAAGCUGCACUAGCCUAUAAUUUCGUAGCAAAAAAGAAAAAGCAAAUCCUUAAGUCAAACAAGGUUAGCUAGGUGUCCAGAUCCAUCGUCGCCGGAUAAAUUCCCUUUGGAAUCGCUUCAUGUAAAAAAAAAACAAAUCAUAAAAGAAAACUUAUUUUUAGUGUAAAUUUUAACCCCUUUCGGCACACCCGAAUCGACGACCGAUGAUGGAUUGCAUACCUGGCUAACAACUAUUUACUGUAAAUCGAAAUCCGAAUUCAAGAGAGGGUAAUAUGAAACUGAAAAUCCAAUUUGGGCAGACUUGAUUGACACGCUUGUUGAAACGAGAAUCGGAAAAUUAACUAAAUAUGAAAAGAAUGACACUAAAAUUGAAUAGUGAUAUAUUUAUAGCUAGUUAGACAAUAAAUUAUAACAUUGCUGCUAGGAAAAAUCUCUAAUCGUAAGACUAAAGAAGAAAAGCAAUCUAUUGUACAUAGGUAAGGUUUAUUCACUCGAUUCUAUAUAUUUUUUACUUUCCUAAAACUACAUAAAUUUUCAUAUUUUUUUUUUGUUUUAUUCACUUAAGAAUAUGAGUACAGAGAUCGACUUCUUGAGUUAUUCGUCUUUUAUUGAAACACACUCGACAAAGUUCUACACAACCAUUUAUUUUGUCACAAAUGCAAUAAACUGCCUCUGCUUUCUAAGAGAUCCAUGCAUAUUUUAUCGAUACUUUUAUAAGACGUUAUUCCGUAACAAUACGUGUAUAAUAGUGAUAUGUAGCGAGUGAAGGCAAAAGAGUUUAUAAAGAGAUACUAUUUUCACAAAACAAAAACAAAGAAGAUGUCAUAAAUCGAUAGAAAAAAAAUAGCAGGAAAGAGCUCGAAUCUUUACCGCCAAUGUAUUUUGUUCGUAAGAGUUAUACUCUCUAGGGGAAAGGUACGAACAUCGGUAACGUGAUAAGCAAUAAAAUUGGACAAAUAUUGAAACGAAAAAAAAGGUGAGUGUUACGGAAGUGAAUCAAUAAAAUAUGACAAAUUUUUAA